AUGGUCGGGCCACACGAGGAAGUGGCAAGAGGAUUAGGGCAGCGGGCAGUCACUGGCAAUCAUCGACCAAGUCCUCGGAGGCCGCAGGCCGCGGGCCCCACGUGCAUCAAGCUGGGCCAGUGGGCCAGCACCCGGCGCGACCUCUUCUCCGAGGCCUUCUGCGCCCACUUCUCCAGGCUGCACGUCCGCGUAGCCCCGCACCCGUGGGCGCACACGGAGCGCUUCCUCCGCCAGGCGUUCGGGGAUGACUGGGAACGCGUCCUCUUCUUUGAGACCCGUGAGCCGGUGGGCUCUGGCUGCGUGGCCCAAGUGUACAAGGCGUUUGCCAGCCCCGCUCUCCUGGAGCACAGCGAAGCACUGGGCAGGGGUGAGGCCUCCGGAGCUGGGGCUGCCGAGGCACUGCGAUCGUGCUUUGGGGCCCUCAGGAAGGAGCAGAGGCCCCCCUGGAACCUCUCGGACCAGGCCCUGCUAGAGCAGCUGCUGCUCUCCACCACCGCCCGGGGUAGGCCACACAGCCUCGUUCCGGUGGCAGUGAAAGUGCUGCACCCGGACCUGUUGUCCCAGGUGCAGGUGGACCUGCUGCUGCUGAAGAUGGGCAGCCAAGCCCUGGGGCUGCUGCCUGGAGUCCAGUGGCUCAGCCUGCCGGAGAUAGUGGAGGAAUUUGAGAAGCUCAUGACCCAACAGAUCGACCUGCGUUAUGAAGCUCGGAAUCUAGAACACUUCCAGCGCAACUUUCAGGACGUGACGUCAGUCAAAUUCCCCACACCUUUGCGCCCCUUUGUUACCAGGGAUAUAUUGGUGGAAACAUAUGAGGAGAGUGUGCCUGUGUCCAGCUACCAGCGGGCAGGGAUCCCUGCUGAGCUGAAGCAGAGGAUUGCACGGUUGGGCAUCAACAUGCUACUGAAGAUGAUAUUUGUGGACAACUUUGUGCAUGCAGACCUGCACCCUGGAAACAUCCUGGUGCAGGGCACUGAUGGGCUGUCCCCGGGCCGUGAGGCGCAGCCACAGCAGGUGGAUGUCUGUGACCCGCUGGUGGUGGCUGUGGCACCAGUCCUGUGCCCACUGCGUCUGGUACUGCUGGAUGCUGGCAUCGUGGCUGAGCUGCAGGCCUCUGACCUGAGGAACUUCCGGGCUGUGUUCUUGGCCGUGGUGCUGGGCCAGGGCCACAGAGUGGCUGAGCUGAUACUGCACCAUGCCCGGGCCAGUGAGUGCAGCGACGUGGAGGGGUUCAAGGUGGAGAUGGCUGCACUGGUGACCCAGGCCAGGAGGGACAGCAUUACCCUGGAGAAGCUGCAGGUCUCCAGCCUCCUCUCCAGUGUCUUCAAGUUGCUGAUGACUCACAAGGUGAAGCUGGAGAGCAACUUCGCCUCCGUCGUGUUCGCCAUCAUGGUGCUGGAGGGGUUGGGCCGCUCACUGGACCCCAAGCUGGACAUUCUGGAAGCAGCCAGGCCUUUCCUCCUCCCUGGGCCCAUGGCCCACGCCUGACAGGUGUCACCCAGGCAGCAAAAGCUGCUGCCAUGGUGCUCAAGGCACGUGGGGGGCGCCAUUGCCUCCCGCUGCCCUAGCUCAGGGUCAGUGGAGGGGUGAAGGAGGGAAGAACUUGUGCGCUCAGCAGCAGGAGCUGGGACAGUGGAAAUGGGGCUGAGGGCACUGAGUCUGAGAAAAUGCCCCAUGAAGGAGGAGGACAAAUACACAACUGUUUUGUUUUCCUGUUUUCUUUUUAAACUCUAUAUUCAGGUGGAUCCUACUGGUGGUUCUGGACUCUAACAUUUAGGAUAGAAAAUGCCAUAAACUCCUGUAGUCUUGUGCUUUCCUUCCUUCUUUCUCUCUCUUCUCUCUCUUUCUUUCUGAGACCAAUUCUCAGUGUACAGUUCAGGCCAGGCUUGAAUUCACCAUGUAGCCCAGGCUGGUCUGAAACUCAUGGUGAUCCUCCUGCCUCAGCCUCCUGAUUGCUUGUAUAAUGGCAUAAUCUGGGCCGGUGCCUCACAAGGUCACAGAAUGAUGCUGAGGACAAAGGAGGUAGGCAGGAGGAAUGUUUAUUGAUUUUUUUUUUUGAGACAGGGUCUUACUAUGUUACUCAGCCUGGCCUUGAACUA